UCUCAUCCUGCAUCCUCUUUGUCCACCACUGAUGAAAUCGCACCACAAACUUGUCAUUGCUUUCAUGCACGCCUUUCUCCUAUGAUGAUGAUGAUGAUGAUGAUGAUUUGGGUGUUAGCAGGCUUUUCAGCUUGUUGGUGUUUCCCCAAGAAGACGGAAUCCAAAAGUGCGAAUGAAAAGCAAGGUGGAAAUUUCCCACUUUCGAAGAAUUGCACGAAAAGGCGAUGACGGCCGCCAACCUGGCCCACAUCAGCGCCGUCGCCGUCCCCUUUAAAAGACGGCUGCGCACGCCUGCCCCUGACACAGCCGACAAAUCGGGAACCUCCGACACCUCCAGGACCUGCAAGACCACCAUCUGCCCGAUUUCCACAGCCUACCUCCACCUUCUGAAGCAUUAUGACUGGAUCCGUCAAGACCAUGUGGACCGCAAGUGUCGCCAUCGUGAUGAUGCUCCAGCUGCACAGUGUCCAUGUGAUGACAGCGACCGUGCCAGCCUGCGGCCUCCCGGGAAACGUAGUUCUGGAAGCCCAGAACUUGCUCCGAGACCUGGGGCCGCUUUUUCCUGUCCGCUGCCUUCCAUACAACGGCAAUGCCACCUUUCCUCGCAGAGCCUUCACCAAUGGCACUCGGUGUCGCCAGGCCUUGCGGGCGCUUCACGAGUCGCUGCAGGGUGCGGAGCAAGUUUUUGAGGACUACGACGUAGCCUUCGGAGAAGGCGCACUUGCGUGGGACCGCCACAUGCUGGACGACUUUCAGAACCUUCAGAACCGCCUGCUGCGGGAGGGCGGCUGUGUGCCCACAACCGCCGCCAGCCCUGAUCCCGGCAUGUCGGCCUACUUUGGCAACGUGAGCGCUCUUCUUCAGCAGCAGGAGAACGCCACCUGUGGUUGGUCAGUGCUGCGGCGGGACAUGCUCUGGGUCCUAAAGACGGCCCUCCACCGACACCACAGCUGCUUCAGCUGGUGACAGGAACCGCGACAUUUACGACUACACGUCAAUUAUUUAUAUAUUUAUAUUAUUCAUCCUGCACUUUGUAAUAAAUUUCUCUUUUGAUUCGCUU